AUGUCGGCAGUAAUUCCUACAGCCAAAACUUGGAAGGAAACCAAUCGUUUACAUAAAGAACAACGAAAAAUAUGGAAGGAGGAGAGGUUAGCAAAAAAGCUAAAGAAAGAAGAAACUAAAAAAGAAUUGCAGAAUGAAGUGAUUAAAGUUGCUGAAAAGCAAUUCGAAAAGAAAGACAUUUCGACUCUGAGUAUCGCAGUUCCAGGCUCGAUUUUAGACAAUGCUCAAUCGCCAGAAUUACGAACAUAUUUGGCAGGGCAAAUAGCACGUGCAGCAUGUGUUUACAAAAUAAAUGAAAUCGUCGUGUUUGAUGAUAAAGGAGAGGUAACUGAAAGUGAAAAGAAAAAAAUAAAGACUGACGAAGUCUUAGGUGAAAGACGAGUUGGAUGUUUGCAAUUGGCUAGAAUAUUGCAGUAUCUUGAAUGUCCGCAAUAUUUAAGAAAAUAUUUCUUCCCAAUCCACAAAGAUUUACAAUAUGCUGGAGUAUUAAAUCCUUUGGAUGCACCACACCACUUACGUCAGCAAGAUGUGUCUUUAUAUAGAGAAGGAGUAGUUACAAAUAAACCAGUCAAACCUGGCAAAGGUUCUUACGUAAAUGUAGGAUUAUUAAAUGAUGUUUGUGUGGAUAAAGUGUUAACUGAUGGAUUAAGAGUUACAGUGAAGAUACCUGAAGACCAGUCAAAUCCAAAAAAAUUAAAAGGAUAUAUUGUUCCACCUGAUGUUCCCAGAUCAAAUAAUGGAAUAUAUUGGGGAUAUUCAGUGAGAUUAGCUAAUAAUCUUACAGAGGUAUUAACUCAAUGUUCUUAUAAGGAUGGAUACGAUUUGACCAUUGGUACUUCAGAUAAAGGAAAUUCUAUUGAUGAUGUGGAACCAAAAAGUAUCAAAUACCAUCAUGCUUUAAUAAUAUUUGGAGGAUUGUCUGGAUUGGAAGCAGCAGUAGAGAGUGAUCCUAAAGUGGAUGUGGAUGAUAUUUCUUUAGUGUUUGAUCAUUAUUUAAAUACUUGUCCACAACAAGGAUCAAGAACUAUUAGAACAGAAGAAGCUAUUUUAAUUACUUUAGCAGAAUUAAGGACAAAAUUGUUUCCCAAAGUUCCUCCGUAAUCAAAUGCUCAGUUUAAUAAUUUUGUAAAUAAUUAAACCAUCAGUGAAUAUAAGUGACUGUAAGUAAUGACACAAAAAUUAUAAAAAUUUGCUUCUUUAUAUUUCUUUUUUCAUUAAAGAUUGUAUACAAAACUUUAUGUUUCCAAAAUUUUUUAAUAUAUAAGUACAACAAUCUUAUAUUUAGGAGAUAAUUUUCUUUCCUUUUUAUUUUCAACUAUUUUGCAACGCACAAUUUACUGUAUCUCUUAAAGUUCUGAUAACUUUUGCUUGAUCAGAAGAACCUAUGACGGCUGUUCCAGAAACAAUCAUAUUUGCACCAGCCUAAAAAAAAAAUAUACAUGUAUGUAGUUUCUUUUGAUUAGAGUAUACACUAAGAUAUAUAUCUACUAAAUUGAAAUAUAUACAUUUGCACAGGCAUUAAUAGUUUCUGGUCCAACACCUCCAUCAACUUCUAUAUCCAAUGUAGGAUAAUUUUUUCUAAGCCAUGAUACUUUUUCCAUCAUUGGUUCAAUGAAUUUUUGACCACCAAAACCUGGUUCUA